GAAUAUCAGUGCCAGAACUAUUAUCUACUUAAGGGAAAGAAGACAAUAACAUGUACAAAUGGAAUGUGGUCUGAGCCACCAACCUGUUUACAUAAAUGCAUGUAUAGUCCCUGAAGACACUAUGGAAAAACACAAAAUAAUUCUCAAAUGGAGAACAACUGAAAAGCACUGUUAAUGACAGAAGCACCACCACAUCUGGAGCUUUAAGCUUUAGCACAUGGGUUUCUGUACCAUGUUGCUCUUAUCACAUAUCCUCCUAACUACAUGGCUUUUUACUGCUAAAGGGGAAGUGAAACCUUGUGAUUUUCCACAAUUCAAACAUGGGCAUCUAUAUGAUGAAGAGAGAUGGAGACCCUACUUCCCAGUACCUAUAGGAAAGCAGUACAGUUAUUACUGUGAAAACGGGUUUUCAACACCUUCAAGUUCAUACUGGGACUACCUUCAUUGCACAACUCAAGGGUGGGAGCCUGAAGUCCCAUGCCUCAGGAAAUGUGUUUUCCAUUAUGUGGAGAAUGGACAAUCUUUGUACUGGCAAAGAAUAUAUAUUGAGGGUCAGUCUGUAAAAGUCCAGUGUCACAAGGGCUAUAGUCUUCCAAAUGGUCAAGACACAAUGACAUGUACAGAAAAUGGCUGGUCCCCUCCUCCCAAAUGUGUCCGAAUCAAUUCGACAGUGAAAUGUGGACCUCCUCCACCUAUUGACAAUGGAGACAUCACCUCCUUGUUGUUACCAGUAUAUGCACCAUUAUCAUCACUCGAAUAUCAGUGCCAAUCCUUCUAUAAAAUUCAGGGCAGCAAGAAAAUAACCUGCAGAAAUGGAGAGUGGUCAGAGCCACCAAAAUGUUUACAUCCAUGUGUCUUAACAGAAAAAAUUAUGGAAAGACAGAACAUAAUUCCCAAAUGGACAGGAAGUAGAAAGAUUUAUAUCCCGUCAGAGGAUUAUGUCGAAUUUGUGUGUAUACCUGGAUAUCAAAAGGCACAAGGAUCACCUGAACUUCGUGCCAAGUGCAUUGAUGGUCACAUCAGUUAUCCUACUUGCUCAAAAUAA